AUGUUGAAGAUCGAUGAAUCGGUGGGUCUGGCCGGAAGAAGCAUGGCGACAACGAAGAGACAACGGAGUGAAGACCCAGAAGAAGUGGGGAAUGUCACCGACUCAGAUCGUUUUGAUCAGGAGGAUACGAAGCAGAAAUAUGAGAAGAAUCGAGAAGAUGUCGAUCUGAUGGAGGAUCGUCAACACGUGCACAUUGAAUACAAGCCUCUUAUAUCUUCUUCUCACAAGAAGAAGAGGAUGGUGUCAAAACAGCAAAAUGUGUGUCCCCAAAACCCUAUCUUUGCUAUUGAUGAUGCCCUUUUGUGUGACGAACAAGAAAACGAUUUCGAUUUUGGAUGUGGGUUUGGUUCAUCAGAGCACGAAAAUGAAAUCGUGAAGGAAAAAGAUCCAACCUUUACUCAUUUUCAACAGGGGCUUUUGUGGGAAGAAGAUGAGCUUUCUACUCGUUUAUCCAAAGAGAAAACUACCUAUUUGAUCUGCGAUGAGUCGUUAAUGGUUUUGCGAAAGGAAUCUGUCGAUUGGAUGAUUAGAAUCAGUACCCAUUACGGGUUUGUUGCUUUGACGACGAUUUUGGCUGUUAAUUACUUCGAUAGGUUCUUGAUUAGCACUUCUUUCCAAAGGGAUAAGCCAUGGAUGAAUCAGUUAGUUGCUGUCGCUUGCCUUUCUGUAGCUUCUAAAGUUGAAGAGAUCCAAGCCCCUCUUCUCAUGGAUUUGCAGAUGGAAGGAACAAAAUUUGUGUUUGAAUCCAAAACAAUCAUGAAGAUGGAACUUUUGGUGUUAUCUUCUCUUGAUUGGAAGAUGAAUCCUGUAACUCCUCUCGCGUUCUUUGAUUACAUCAUGCGUCGACUUAAUUUAACGACUCAUAAUCUACAUUACGAGUUCCUUCGUAGGUGUGAGCGGAUUCUUCUCUCAGUCAUCAAUGAUUCAAGAUUUCUAGGGUUUCUUCCAUCUGUAAUGUCCGCUGCUAUAAUGUGCAUUGUUAGCAAGGAGAUUGAGCCUGAUAACGCAUCGGAUUACCAAAAUCAGCUUAUGAAUCUUCUCAAAAUUAGCAAGGACAACAUCGAUGAUUGUUCUAAAUUCAUCAUGGAGGUAUCGAUAUCAUCAAAUAAUCAUGGAACAAUCUUCUCCCAAACUCACAAACGAAAAUACUCAUCAGUUCCAGGAAGUCCAAGUGGUGUAUUUGAUGCGUAUUUUAGCAGCGAUAAUUCUAACAAUUCAUGGAUGAUUGGAUCAUCAGUUUCAUCAUCACCAGAAGCUCCAUUAAAGAAGAAUCGAGUUCAAGAACAGCAAAUGAGAUUGACUCCAGUCAACCGUGUUUCCAUCAGUGUUCUUAGCAACAAUCAUUAAGCUUCCAAUUCCCAAUUAAUCUGCAAUCUUUUAAGUAUGGUAUUUACUAUUUACUAUUUUUACUAUUUUACUAUUUUAAUCUUUUACAAUUCUCAUCUUUGGAUAUUUAAUUUUAUAACUAUGUUUCUGGUCAAACCCAU